AUGCUCUCUCGUCUCGUACAGCGCCAGGCAGCGCGUCGUACACACCCUCACUCUCUCAAACAAUGUCGAGCACUUUCAUCAUCAACAACGUCCUCUCCUAACUCUCCCUCUUCCUCUUCAUCACCUUCACUUUUCCUUCGACGCGCAAUAACAACUUCCCUCGUCCUCGUCUCAGGCACGCUCUUCGCAGUAUACUACUCUGACUCUCGCUCUGCUGUGCAUCGUUAUGUGUUCACUCCAGUGUUAAGGAAAAUGCUUGACCCGGAAGGCGCACAUUGGUUUGCUGUACGUGUUUUGAGGAGUGGGUUGGGGCCGAGAGAUCGGGGGGUGGAUGAUGAGCGGUUGAAGACGGAGUUGUGGGGAGAGACACUGGCGAACCCUGUUGGACUUGCAGCUGGGUUUGACAAGAACGGGGAAGCUAUUGACGGUCUAUUCAACCUCGGCUUCGCAUGGGUAGAAAUCGGUAGCGUCACUCCCAAACCUCAACCCGGUAACCCCAAACCGCGGGUAUUCCACCUCCCAGAAGAUAAUGCUAUGAUUAAUCGGUAUGGGUUUCCUUCGGUGGGUGCGGUGGGGGUUUUGGAGAGGUUGAAGCGGAGGUUGCGGGGUUCUGUUUUCUCUUCUGGAGAGAAGGGAGAGGGAGAGGGAGGGCAUGCUUCGCUUCGCCCUAACGCGCUACUUGCGAUUAACCUUGGGAAGAACAAGACUUCUCCUGCUGAUAGUCCGGAAGACUUCCUUAAGGGUGUACGUAUGUUUGCUCCGUACGCGGAUGUGUUGGUUGUGAAUGUGUCGAGUCCGAAUACUCCUGGGUUACGUGGGAUGCAGACGCGUGGGUUGCUCGAGGAGCUUUUAGGUUCGAUUGUUAAGGAGAGAGACGCUCAGGCUGACAUCACAAAGGCCGCGAAAACAAGGGAUGGAGAGUGGAAUGUGCAAGUGGGAGUGACGAGGAAACCACCGAAAGUGGUGUUAAAGAUCGCACCAGACUUGGAUGAUGCGGAGAUUGAAGAUAUCGCUGAAGCUAUAAAGGCAACUCCAGGUGUCGAUGGGGUAAUUGUGAGCAAUACGACUGUUCAGAGACCCAAGUCGCUCACUCCUGAUCCUCGAACGAACGAGAUGGGAGGUCUCUCCGGUCCUCCACUCAAACCACUCACACUCCGCGCACUAAAGUCCCUCCGCUCACAUCUCCCUUCGACGAUACCUAUCAUAGCGUGCGGAGGUAUCUCUACAGGUGCCGAUGCACUUGAGUACGCGAAAGCAGGAGCGAGCGCUGUACAGCUAUAUACUGCGUUUGGGUACGACGGCCCCGGCGCAGUUAGACGUAUAAAAGACGAGUUGAGUCGGGAGUUGGAGAGGGAAGGGUUAACGUGGGGGGAAGUUGUGAGGAGGAGUGUAGGAGAACGAAGUUGGAAGGGCGAACUCAAACCUCGGAAGAAAGUGGGGGAAGAGGAGGAAGACGAAGAGGAAAGCGGGGUUAAUAUUAGUACGAGUUUGCAAGUGCUCGUGGAUGAAGCACAUGCCAUUCGGAAACAGUUGGAGAAUCUGGGGGAGAGGCUUGGGGAGAAGGAAAAUGCUAUUGUUGAGAGUUCUACUCCGGCUACUUAAGUAGCUUAGGUAGCUUAGGUAGAACGAAAAUAC